AUGACCCUAACGACUCAGAGAUCAACCCGUAAUCCGGACGACUUCCCAACUCUACAGCUCUUUCUACUUGCUAUCGUUCGUCUCGCCGAGCCUAUCGCCCUCACUUCUAUCUUCCCAUAUGCCUGGCAGCUCGUCAAGCGCUUCAAGGUCGGCAAUGAAGAAGAUGCAUCCACCUAUUCUGGCCUGCUCAUCUCGUCCUUCGCUCUGGCGGAGGCACUGAUGGGCAUGUACUGGGGCGGUCUGAGCGAUCGCAUCGGCCGGAAACCCGUCCUUCUGCUGGGAUGUGUCGGCACGAUGAUCUCCAUGGUUGUCCUUGGCUUUGCCGACAAUAUUUGGGUGGCCCUAGCUGGGCGUGUCUUCGGCGGAGCCCUGAAUGGAAACAUUGGAGUUAUUCAAACCAUGGUUGGAGAGCUAGUCACGAAGCCUGAACAUGAACCGAGAGCUUACUCCAUCAUGCCGUUCGUAUGGAGCAUAGGAACCAUAGUAGGACCGUGUAUCGGCGGCACAUUCUCGGAUCCUCACCAAACAUGGCCGACCAUGUUUCCCGAAGGCGGUCUGUUCGAUAAAUUCCCAUAUCUUCUGCCGAAUCUUAUUUGCGCCGCCCUUCUUCUUGUCAGCAUAGUCCUGGGUUACAUCCUGCUUGAGGAGACGCAUCCUGGCAUGCAGUCUCGGAUCCUGCUCCCAGCAGAAACUUACGUGUCUGAGGAGACGCCUCUUAGGGAGACCUCCGAUGCCGUCAAACGCCCUGCCGUGGACCUCAGGGCGGAAACGUAUGGCACUUUCCUGACCCAGGAAUCAGAGGCGACGGAGACGCAACAGGAGUCGGAGAAGAUGGUGUCAUUCAACAUUUUCCGCAACAAGCGCAUCAUGGCAGUGGUCGUUAGCUUGUCCAUAUAUACAUACCAUGCGAUGUGCUUCGAUCACUUGCUGCCGAUCUUCUUCGAGGAUGACAGAGCCGUGGUUGACUCCAUCAACUCUAUCAUCCCCUCGAAUUUUCUCUAUUUCCCUGGAGGACUCGGCCUGUCGGUUUCUGCGGUCGGCAUGAUAAUGGCUGUUAACGGGGCCAUCGCUCUCUUCAUCCAAGCCGUCAUAUUCCCUGUCGCUGCUGAGAAGGUCGGAGUGUUCCGACUGUUCAUCAUUGUGACUGUGCUGCAUCCUAUCGCCUGCUUCUUAAUGCCAUUCCUCGUCUGGGUUCCUGAGUCCCUUCUGUACCCCGCCAUCUACUUCAACCUGACCAUUCGGAACAUCUUCUCGAUCCUCGUAUAUCCGCUCCUGCUUAUUCAGAUCAAGGAAGCAGCACCGAGAUCCGUCCUAGGCAGAGUGAACGGUUUCGCAGCCAGUGCCGGAGCGGCUUGUCGAAUGGUCGCACCGCCUGUCGCUGGGUACCUUUACACGGUCGGAAGCAGAAUGGACUGCACGGCUUUGGCUUGGUGGGGAAGUGCGGCUGCAGCUCUGGUUGGGUCUGUCCAGUGCUUCGCUGUGCAGAGGACCAAGGCCGAAGACCACGUUUAUUGUGAGGUGGAGAGCCUGGUUCGCACCCAGUCGAAGCAGGCGACUGUGUCUGUUGUGGACAUCUCUGACGACGAAUAUUAA